AAUUGAGCAUUUUUAGUUUGUAUAUAUCAAAAAAAACUUUCCACUUUCCUCUUCAUUCAUCAAUCAUCAUCAUCCCGAUCCCAGAUCCAUUCAACUUCCAAUUCAGAUUCACAAAAUGGCUACAGAACCCAAGAAGAUCAUCAUUGACACUGAUCCUGGAAUUGAUGAUGCAAUGGCGAUAUUUGUGGCAUUGGAAUCUCCUGAAGUUGAGGUGAUCGGGCUUACAACGAUAUAUGGAAAUGUCUACACAACUCUAGCUACCAGAAAUGCUUUACAUCUGUUGGAUAUAGCUGGGAGGACAGAUAUUCCGGUGGCUGAAGGCUCUCAUGUUACAAUCACUAAAGGUACAAAACUUCGAAUUGCUGAUUUUGUUCAUGGCACGGAUGGACUUGGAAACCAAAACUUUCCUGCACCAAAUGGAAAACCUAUUGAACAGAAUGCUGCUGACUUUCUUGUUCAACAAGCCAGUCUAUACCCCGGAAAGAUUACUGUUGUAGCUUUGGGUCCCUUGACAAAUAUAGCACUAGCCAUUCAAUCAGAUCCUGAUUUUGUUAAAAACAUUGGACAAAUUGUUGUUCUUGGUGGUGCCUUUUCUGUAAACGGAAAUGUCAAUCCAGCUGCUGAGGCGAAUAUCUUUGGAGAUCCAGAUGCUGCUGAUAUUGUAUUUACUAGCGGUGCUGAUGUUCUAGCAGUUGGAAUAAAUGUUACACAUCAAGUUGUCCUUACUGAUUUUGAUAGAGACGAGUUGGCAAAGUCUAACGGAAAGUAUGCCAAGUACCUUGACAAGAUCUUGGGUGUCUAUUUUGGCUAUCACCAUGAGGCAUACAGCACAAAAGGUGUCUACCUUCAUGAUCCAACUGCUCUGCUUGCUGCUGUUGAUCCCUCACUAAUCACCUAUACAGAAGGUGUGGUUCGUGUCCAAACAAAUGGCAUCACAAGGGGUCUGACUCUAUUUUAUAACAAACAAAAGAGGUUUGGUGAAGUCACUGAAUGGUCUGAUAAACCCUCAGUAAAAGUGGCAGUAACUGUUGAUGCUCCUAGAGUUCUCAAAUUGGUUAUGGAACGGCUCAUCAAUUCUUAGGAGAAUCUAGUAGCUGAAAGAGAAGCGAUUUGACAUACUCCAGCUGCAGAUUACAACUCUGUGCUUGAAUCGUUGACAUUUUUUUGAAUUCUGUUCUGAUGUGAAGAGGAAGAUGAUAACAAGAUUGCCUUCAUACUGUGAUUAUGGGAUAUACGUCGAUCACCAAGAAGAAUUUCAUUUUGUUUUAAGCUUCUAUGCCAUCUCCACAGAUGUUGUAAUAAAAUCUAUAGUUUCUGAAGCUCCCUUUGAAUAAAGUGAUCUGUAGAACCCAACAGUCAUCAUUUUAGAAAAAUAAACAUCUUUUUUUUGAAAAAUAAA